AUGGGUAAUUCAAGUUCAAAAUCUUCCAAAAAGGAUUCACAUUCGAGUUCCUCCUCGAGAAACCCCCGUCCUCAAGUGUCGAGAACUGAGACUUCCCAUUCUGUGAAGUCUGCAAAAUCAAAUAAGUCUUCAAGAUCGAGGCGAUCUCUUCCUUCGUCGUCCACUACGAAUACUAAUUCAAACGUCGCCGAUCCCUCCACUCCAUCGAAGUCCAAUCUUGAGGUUAAUCAUCAACGACAUAGCUCUCACACUAAUCGCUACCAUUUCCCCUCUAGCUCACAUUCGCAUUCGAAUUCUCAAAACGAAUUGUUAACUACUCCUUCAUCAUCUUCUACUAAAAGGCCUUCUACUUCUAGAAGAUCAAGUUAUAAUACUAAGGCUGCUGCUGAUUUACCACCUUCAAUGAUCCAAAUGGAACCUAAAUCGCCUAUCUUAAAAAUAAACAAUAGUAGUACACAGGUAUCUAAGCAUAAAUCCUCAUACUCAUCUACCUAUUAUGAGAACGCCUUAACAGACGAUGAUAAUGAUGACAAAGACAACGACAUCUCGCAUACUAAAAGGUUUUCUAGAUCUUCGAAUUCUCGUCCGUCCAGUAUAAGAAGCGGAUCAGUGUCAAGAAGGAAAUCAGAUGUGACCCAUGAAGAAGCUAACAGUGGAUUGUCCUCCCCUAACAACCAGGAAAAUUAUCUCGUACAGGCAUUAACCCGGUCAAAUUCUCAUGCUUCUUCAUUACACAGUAGGAAGUCUUCGUUUGGAUCGGACGGUAAUACCGCUUAUAGCACCCCAUUAAACUCUCCAGGCUUGUCCAAACUAACGGAUCAAUCUGGUGAAUACUUUACUUAUAAUUCGACCUCUUCAUUGAAUCACCAUUCGAGCCGCGAUAUUUAUCCAAGCAAACUCCUCAACCAUGAUGAUGACAUUGAAAACUCGUCUCAAUUGAGUGAUACCCAUGCGUCAAUGGAAAAUGUUAAUGAUAAAAAUAAUAAUAUAACAAAUAGCAUAAAAGAUCCGAAUGGGGAAUUAGAUGAUAUAAUGCACUCUUCCGGAAACAAAAAUGCCACAAAAAAAUUUAAAAAACCUAUCGAUAUUGAUGAAACUAUCCAAAAAUUACUGGAUGCGGGCUACGCUGCCAAGAGAACAAAAAAUGUUUGUUUGAAGAACAACGAAAUUUUACAAAUUUGCAUCAAGGCUCGUGAAAUAUUUCUUUCUCAACCUUCCUUGUUAGAAUUGUCACCUCCUGUAAAAAUUGUAGGCGACGUUCAUGGGCAAUAUGGGGAUCUCUUGAGGCUUUUCACUAAAUGUGGGUUUCCACCAUCCUCAAAUUAUCUAUUUCUAGGGGAUUACGUGGACCGUGGUAAACAGUCGCUGGAAACUAUCUUACUGUUGUUCUGUUACAAGAUAAAGUACCCUGAAAAUUUUUUCUUAUUAAGAGGCAACCAUGAAUGUGCUAACGUUACAAGGGUUUAUGGAUUUUAUGAUGAAUGUAAACGUCGUUGUAACAUCAAGAUCUGGAAGACCUUUAUCGAUACUUUUAAUACAUUGCCAUUAGCCGCCAUCGUAGCCGGGAAGAUUUUUUGUGUUCAUGGUGGAUUGUCGCCUGUUUUAAAUUCUAUGGAUGAAAUCAGACAUGUGGUUAGGCCCACUGAUGUGCCAGAUUUUGGCUUAAUUAAUGAUCUUUUGUGGUCAGAUCCAACAGAUUCACCCAAUGAAUGGGAGGACAAUGAACGUGGUGUGAGUUACUGUUAUAAUAAGGUGGCCAUUAACAAAUUCUUGAACAAGUUCGGGUUUGAUUUGGUUUGUAGAGCCCACAUGGUUGUGGAGGAUGGCUAUGAAUUUUUUAAUGAUAGAAGUCUCGUUACGGUGUUUUCCGCACCAAAUUAUUGCGGGGAAUUUGAUAAUUGGGGAGCCGUAAUGAGCGUCAGCGAAGGUUUAUUGUGCUCCUUUGAAUUGUUGGAUCCACUAGAUAGUGCCGCCCUGAAACAAGUCAUGAAGAAAGGUAGACAAGAAAGAAAACUGGCCAAUCAACAGCAGCAAAUGAUGGAAACAAGCAUCACAAAUGAUAACGAAUCUUAG